ACUUUUGUAGAAAACGAUUAGGUGCUAAAAUAUUUGCUCAUCAUGACAGACUUCAGCAUUGCCAAGUUUAACAACUAUCAGGAGUAUCUGCACUCCUUUACGACCGUCGAGGACUUUCGGUACUUACCUUUCCACAAAACGGUCAUUACUCUCACAAAACUCGGCUAUCGGGAACACCGCACUUUCUACGAGGAGGAUGAGUUCUUAAACGUGAAAAAGCAGGUGGAACAGCUCCUGAAUCCAACGGUUUCUGCCCAGAUAUACUACAGUCAGUACUUCAAGGGAACCGAUCCAGCACUUUGGGCAUUGGCCGAACGCGAGCACGGGAAUGUCCAGCAGGAGAUAUCGACCAUUAUCUUUCUGGAAAUAAGCGGACGAAGUGGGUUCUCCAAGUCAGGCUACAUUGACUUUGAGGCCAGUCUGCGAAACUACCGGUUCAAGGGACCAAAUGCAGUCGAUUGGAAGGCGGUUUUCGAGGAGCGGAAGUUGCUGAAGCCCCAGCCGAGUGAUAUAGUCUUCUACGACUGGAAGACCAGGAAGAUUUUUGCGAAUGACAACGACAAUUAUACGGUGGUAGCUCAUCCGGAACAUGGUCUUAUGUUUGCUCACAAGGGAGAUCACAAGAACAUACCCGUUACCACCAAGAAGAACCCCUUUUCCAGCAACGUUAGACGCUCUAUGAUCAGGUCAAAUCUAUAUGGUUUCAUUAUACUGUACGACCACCACGUUCGUAAGAAGACUUAGAUUAUGUUCAACUAAUGUUUUGGCGAGCAAUGAAUAUAAAUUUAAAUAUUG